GUCCGGAGUUUGCAAGAGGUACCUACUAAUGCCGACUGCCCCGCCACGGGACUCCCCGAGCACGCGACCCAAGUUAGCCGAUAAGAUAAGGAAGGGGGGGAUGUUUAGGUGCAUCAGCACUUAUCAGCGGCAUAACCUAUCAAAGUUGCUUAGCAACUGCGCUGCUCACUCACCUCUAGCGGCAACAACCUCUGAUGCUUCUCUUCCUACCUCCUACCAAAAAAGAUAAGGGAGUCGCGUUGUCGUCGAUUUCCGUAACUUGACAUUGAGACAUUACCAUAUUUGAUUCACUUUGCUUUCUUAAUUCAGCCUCCACCUUUUCGAACUUUUUUUUUUUUUUUCGAAGGCUCGAGCGUCUUCGAAGCCACCCAUUUCGCCCCCUUGUAAGUCGUAAGUUUAGUAGGAGGGAAAGUGAUGUCCGUGUUAAGUCCUCAAGAGAGUUAAGGCUAGAACCUCAGCCCCUCAACUCGCUCUUCAAAAAAAGAACAUCUCUAUUGUACGAUAAUUAACGCCAUUGCUAACUUCCCCUCUUCACAGUUUGUUCGACAAUUCUUAUUCCGCCCCCGGAGGGUUUUGCCACCAUACCUAGUGGCUAACAAUUAUUACCAAAUUCGAUUAAUCAAAGACCUCACCGAAGUCGGCAAAGUUCUCCUCGCGCUUCUAUGAUUUCCACGUCGAUCUCCCUUUAUGCGACCUGAGCGUGUCUGGAUUACAGGAUGUCUGCUAGUAAUAAUGCGUCUACCACGUCCAGUAUUUCCGAAAGGGAUCCUCCCCAAAUAAGCGAUCCCGCACCCGGUGACUUUCAUGCUCAGAGCGCGACCUCGGAUAGCCCUACCCGUCCUAACCGCGCUGCCGAAUCUUUCGACCACGAAAAUCAGACACGCGCAGUUGAGAGGACUGUCACGGGGGAUCAUGAUAGGAGUGUAGCAGCUGAGAUGAGCCAUCAUGAAUCUAGUCAGAGUGAGGCGACAACGCAAGAAGUUAAUGGCGCGUUGGAGCAUGGGGUGAAUCCAACCGGUUCAAAUACGGAAUAUAAUAUAGAAAGUGUAUCAACGCUUGCGCAAGCUCCAAGCUCCAAUUCGCACUCGCCGGAAUGCAGGGUUACUACCGAUACAAUCAGCUCGGAACAGCCAGGGCCGGCACCGCACUCAGCGCCACAUGAAGUUGAGGUUACAAAUACGCGAGGGCAUGAUACUCGGAGGCCUUUUCUAGGCUUAAAUCCGAUAGCACCAGAGUUUACUCCACGGCCGGAGAGACCCCCGCAAGAGAUCACACUCCCAAGGUGGCAGCCAGAUAACGAAGUAACCUUUUGUCCAAUAUGCCGGACACAGUUCAGCUUUUUUGUUAGGAAACAUCAUUGCCGAAAGUGUGGAAGAGUAGUAUGUAAUGCAUGCUCCCCACAUAGGAUUACUAUCCCGCAUCAAUAUAUCGUACGGCCACCCGGCGAAAGGGCCUUUCAGCGGUAUUCGUUCCUCGGAGACGAGGGCGGUAUCGCCGAUUUUACUGUGCUUGGAGGUGGCGAGCAGGUCCGGCUCUGUAACCCUUGCGUGCCAGAUCCGAAUAUUACACCACCCCAAACCCAGCAAUCAGCAAGCCAGUUCUCGCCGAGAUCAGUGCAUUAUCGCUCCCAGAGUAGUUCUAGUGGCAAUUAUAAUGGCGAUAACAAUUUCAGCAGACCUCCGCAGUACUUAGUCUUACCUCCAUCUCACGAUGCUUACCCUAGGAGUCGAAGUGUCACCGUGAAUUCCGGAGCGAGCUCCUCUAGGUCUGCCAAUGAAUCUUACCUCUCACCUCAGAGAGGAAUUUUUUCCAGACAUUUGGCGUACUACCCGCAACUGGCCCACCCGAGAUAUCGCCGGACUUCACUCCUGGACCAUCACUUCCAGGGUGGCCAUCCCUUCCAUGGUUCUUCGUUUAUGGACAUUGGGGUUGGCUCUUCCUCCUCCUCUUCAUCGGCGACUAUGGCUAAUCGUCCAUUACCCCCCGCGCCACAAAUUCCCGAAGAAGACGAGUGUCCCAUAUGCCACCGUGAAUUACCCUCAAGAGAACUUCCUAACUUUGAGGCUCUCCGAGAAUCGCAUAUCCAAUCAUGCAUCACUGCACAUAGUUCGUAUAAUCCGAGUCCUAAUGCUCCCGGUAGAUCAAGCCCAGUUACGCGCAGGACAGGUAUGUUUCCGUACUUGGCUACGGAGAAAGACUGCGUCGACUCUGCGGAAUGUACCAUCUGCCUCGAAGAGUUCGAGGUUGGCGUCGCUAUGGCGCGUUUGGAGUGUCUCUGCCGUUUCCACAGGGCUUGUAUUACCGCAUGGUUCGUCGACCACCCUGGGCGAUGUCCUGUACAUCAACACGACAGUCUCGGCUAUUGACCGGAUGCUGUCUCAAUAUUGUUAAGCAGCUUCGCAUGUGUUCUCUCUACUCACUGUACCUCCCUCCCAUCAUAGAGUUCUUAUAGCCUUGCCUUUUGUUGCAUCUGUAUCAAUCUCAAUUUCCUCGUGGGCGGUUUAAACCUAGGUAUAAAGCUUGGAGAAGGAAGCGGUGGUCGUUUGUAGCAUUUGUUCGACACACUCUUUUCACAAAUUUGCAUUUCUUUUGUGGCUGAGCAGAGGGUUUCCAUUUCCCCUUUCCCCCAGAUGCAUGUGGCUCUACGUCACUACACAACAAGUACGGAGUCUGGCGCAGGGGUUUUUUGUUUUUGUUUUUGUUUUUCGUCGUAUUAGCGCUUGGAUAGACUUAUACCACUCUGCUUUUGUCUUUCUAAGUUGACCUUUGGGGCACGUUUGUCUCCCCGGCUGAAGCCUGACAUACAUACACAACAUCGGUACUCGGUGACGUGGUGAAGGUUGGAUGAUUAGCAGAAUACAUAGUUAACUAACUCUCUCAUAACCUGUUACCAAUAAUAGUACCAACCUACCUAAGGUAAUUGACUUCGUGACGUCGUACCGCUAUGAUUUCAACUAGGUAUGCUUGCUGCUGCCCCGUCGCUCUUCUAGUAGGUAGUUAGGUAAUUUAGAAUCCGGCGUGGACUUGAGCUAUCAGAUUUCGUUUGCAGGAAUGAUGUAAGCCUCGUUCAGCUUUUUUUUUUUUUU